CUUCAUUAGCAUUGAUGACGUCGUCAGUCUAUAAAAAGGGAGCUCCGAGCCCGCUUUCCCUUAUUCUGUGUCUGAAAGUGAGCGGUGAUAUGGCUGAUGAGAAGAAAGCACAGCAAGCCUCCAAGAAGGGCGCGAAGAAAAUCAUCAAAAAGGCGCCAGCGAAGGGCAACAGGAAGAGGAAGCGGUCCAGGAGAGAAAGUUACUCCAUCUACAUCUACAAAGUGAUGAAGCAGGUUCACCCCGACACCGGCAUCUCCUCCAAGGCCAUGAGCAUCAUGAACUCGUUCGUCAACGAUAUUUUCGAGCGUAUCGCGGGGGAGGCUUCCCGCCUGGCCCAUUACAACAAGCGCAGCACCAUCAGCUCCCGGGAGAUCCAGACCGCCGUGCGGCUACUGCUGCCCGGGGAGCUGGCCAAGCACGCCGUGUCAGAGGGCACAAAGGCGGUGACCAAGUACACCAGCUCCAAGUGAAGGACCGCACUGAAACAAACAUCCACAACCCAAAGGCUCUUAUAAGAGCCACCCACAACAUCCCUGAGGCAGCUGAACCAUUUCCUUAAGAGUUCUUUGUUUUAGUUUUCAUGUGAUUUUUGAUAAGGCGUUUCAACUUCUAGAGGUUGUUGUGUUAAUAAGUACUUGCAAAUUAUUCGGGAGUGGGUUGGAGAGUGCAGAUCAAGCGCCAGUGAGUCAUUUUUCAUCUUGUUUACCUCAGGCAGACAAAUGCCCACGUCUUUCACUCCCACGAUUGAUGCGUUUUACCUUCUGAUUUACUGUACAUUUCCAAUGCACGGGUUUGAUCCGAUUUUUCGCAAUACAAAAUAAAUCUUCCUGCUGUCGGCGAGAGACUUUUCAAACAGAACCGAGAGAACUCCCAACACAGCUACCGGACUGAAACGUGGAGCUUUUGCUGAAUCUGAUCGAGAGCGAUAAUGGAGCCGGAAGAAUGCUGAGUGCUGCUUUAUCAGCAUAUCGGGGUGGUACUGAAAUGUGAAAAGAAAAGACAGGUUGUGGACUGCAAUGUUUGGCCUGUUUUGUUUCAGCUUCUUCUCCAGGUUUAGAAAUUAAUCAACUCUCAUGAUCAGAUACAGAUCGGGAAAUGAGGGAGAAUAAGACCCUGUGAAUUAUACUUAGUAAAAUAAAAAUAAAUUAAC